GAAGGCUUCGGAAGAUUAGAGAGAGAAAGAGAGAGGAGAGAGAAAGCGGCGUCAAUGCGGGAUUUCGCAUCUCUAUCUGACUAAGGCUGUUUCGGCGUCUGUCUUCGCCGGUCGAUCGGCGUUUUGACUUCGUCGUUGAAGUUUUUGGCAACCGACAUUGCUGCAGCUUAGCUGAGAUUGGAAGCGGCGAGCUCUGCAUUUCCGUUUUCUUUGCUGAGGUGGUCCGCUGCAGCCUCACUUAAAAUUCAGAUUCUUUUAAGAUUGGCAUUUCUAGUUAUCAUGCAGCACAGUGAUCAUAUAAUGAAUUCUUUCACUUACGACGACGUGGGCUUGCGCAUGAAUCACUUAUAAAGGUGUCAUUGAGCUUUGAAAUAUUCACAAAUGCCUGGGGGAAGAAUAAGGGCGAGGAUCCGGAGGGGUUAUCUGCACACAUUUGGUUGCCAUUGGUCACAUCCUACUGAGGAAGAUGGAUCAAUUGAUAUCCUACAGCCAGGUUUCUCUCGGAUUGUUUACUGCAACCAGCCAGAGAAACAUGACCAUAAACCUCUCAAGUACCGCUCGAAUUAUACUACUACCACUAAGUACAAUAUAAUUACGUUCUUCCCAAAGGCCAUAUUUGAGCAAUUCAGACGAGUCGCCAACUUGUACUUUCUUCUGGCUGCAGCCUUGUCACUGACUCCUAUCACACCCUUUGGCCCUCUCAGUAUGAUAGCUCCGUUGGCUUUUGUGGUUGGAUUGAGUAUGGCUAAAGAAGCUCUUGAAGAUUGGCGAAGAUUUAUACAGGAUAUGAAGGUUAACUUAAGAAAAGCUAUGGUGCAUAAAAAGGAUGGUGUAUUUGGUUACAAACCAUGGAUGAAGCUUCGCGUCGGAGAUGUAGUGAAAGUAGAAAAGGAUCAAUUCUUCCCUGCAGAUUUACUUCUUUUGUCUUCGUGUUACGAAGAUGGAAUAUGUUAUGUUGAGACUAUGAACUUAGAUGGCGAGACAAAUCUGAAGGUAAAACGAGCCUUGGAGGUAACAUUACCAUUGGACGAGGAUUCAGCUUUCAAGGACUUUAGUGCUACAAUCAAGUGUGAGGAUCCCAACCCAAAUCUUUAUACCUUUAUUGGUAAACUGGAAUAUGAUCGCCAGGUCUAUUCUCUUGAACCUGGUCAGAUCCUUCUUCGUGAUUCGAAGCUUCGAAACACUGCAUUUAUUUAUGGGGUGGUGAUAUUCACUGGCCAUGAUAGCAAAGUCAUGCAAAAUUCUACGGAGUCGCCUUCCAAAAGGAGUAAGAUUGAGAAACAAAUGGACAAAAUAAUAUAUAUCCUUUUCAGUCUUCUGGUGUUCAUCUCACUCAUCAGCAGUAUAGGAUUCAUUGUGAAGACUAAAUAUGAUUUGCCAAAAUGGUGGUAUUUACGAGUACCAGACCCCAAACGUCUCUAUGAUCCUGGCAGACCCCUAGAGUCCGGUUUUUACCAUUUGAUUACUGCCCUUAUAUUGUAUGGAUAUUUGAUCCCUAUAUCUCUCUAUGUAUCAAUUGAGGUGGUAAAGGUCCUCCAGGCUCAAUUCAUAAACAGUGAUAUUCAUAUGUAUGACGAAGAGACUGGAACUCCAGCUCAGGCUCGGACAUCGAACUUAAAUGAGGAAUUAGGGCAGGUUGAUACAAUCCUAUCUGAUAAAACUGGUACAUUGACUUGCAACCAAAUGGACUUUCUUAAAUGCUCCAUUGCUGGUACAGCAUAUGGCACUCGUGCUAGCGAUGUAGAACUUGCUGCUGCCAAAAAGAUGGCCAACUCAACAGAGGAAAAUGGAGAAUUUGUAGAAGAAGAAAUUCAAUUGGAGUCUGUUGUUACAUCAAAAGCUGAAGAAAUUCAUAAACCUCCUCCAGUAAAGGGGUUUAGCUUUGAGGAUAGCCGUCUCAUGAAUGGAAAUUGGUUGAAGGAGCCCAAUCUAGAUGCCAUCUUGUUAUUUUUCAGAAUACUAGGUGUUUGUCACACUGCAAUUCCAGAGGAAAAUCAGGAGACUGGAACCUUUACCUAUGAAGCAGAAUCCCCAGAUGAAGGAGCAUUUGUUGUUGCUGCCAGAGAAUUUGGUUUUGAAUUCUGUAAAAGAACUCAAUCAAGUGUAUGUGUCCGUGAGCGAUAUCCUUCAUUUCAACAGCCUGUUGAAAGGGAGUACAAAGUCCUGAAUCUGUUGGAUUUUACUAGCAAAAGGAAGAGAAUGUCUGUAAUUGUUAGGGAUGAGGAGGGUCAAAUUCUUCUGUUUUGCAAAGGUGCCGACAGCAUUGUCUUUGAAAGAUUAUCGAGGAAUGGAAGAAUGUAUGAGGAAGCUACCACAAAGCAUUUGAACGAUUAUGGGGAUGCUGGAUUACGAACACUUGUUCUUGCAUAUAAGAAACUUGAUGAGGCAGAUUAUAAUGGUUGGAAUGAGGAGUUCAACAAAGCAAAAACCAUGUUUGGUAGUGAUCGGGAAGCAAAUCUUGAGCGGAUUUGUGAUGUGAUGGAAAGGGACUUGAUACUUGUUGGUGCAACUGCUGUAGAGGACAAAUUACAGAAAGGAGUGCCACAGUGCAUCGACAAACUGGCACAAGCAGGUCUGAAAAUCUGGGUUCUGACAGGCGAUAAGAUGGAGACUGCAAUUAAUAUAGGGUUUGCAUGUAGUUUACUUCGGCAGGGCAUGAAGCAAAUUUGUAUUACAACAAAUGUUGAAACAGCCGGGCACGAAUCUAAACAGGCUGCAAAAGAAGAUAUCUCUAUGCAAAUUACCAAUGCAAGCCAGAUGGUUAAAUUGGAAAAGGAUCCUCAUGCUGCAUUCGCAUUGAUUAUUGAUGGGAAAACUCUCACUUAUGCACUUGAGGAUGAUAUGAAGCACCAAUUUUUGAAUUUAGCCGUUGAUUGUGCUUCUGUAAUAUGCUGUCGAGUCUCGCCAAAGCAGAAAGCUCUGGUAACGAGGUUAGUGAAAGAGGGAACCGGGAAAAUCACAUUAGCAAUAGGUGAUGGCGCAAAUGAUGUUGGUAUGAUUCAAGAAGCAGACAUUGGCAUUGGCAUCAGUGGAUGUGAGGGAAUGCAGGCUGUGAUGGCAAGUGACUUUGCAAUUGCACAGUUUCGAUUUCUGGAGAGGCUUUUGGUUGUACACGGACACUGGUGCUACAAAAGGAUUGCUCAGAUGAUAUGUUACUUCUUCUACAAGAACAUCGCUUUCGGCCUCACAAUCUUCUACUUCGAGGCUUUUGCUAGCUUCUCCGGACAGUCCGUGUACGACGACUGGUACAUGCUGCUAUUUAACGUCGUCCUCACUUCAUUGCCCGUCAUUUCACUCGGAGUGUUUGAACAGGAUGUCGACUCCGAAGUAUGCCUCCAGUUUCCAGCAUUAUACCAGCAAGGCCCGAAAAAUCUCUUCUUCGAUUGGCAACGGAUAUUCGGAUGGAUGGGAAACGGCCUCUACACAUCCCUCAUCAUCUUCUUCCUAAACAUCAUCAUCUUCUACGACCAAGCAUUCCGCGCCGGCGGGCAGACUGCAGACAUGACUGCUGUCGGGACGACGAUGAUGACCUGCGUGAUAUGGGCCGUGAACUGCCAGAUAGCUCUAACGAUGAGCCACUUCACAUGGAUCCAACACUUCCUCGUCUGGGGCAGUGUCCUAACCUGGUACCUAUUCCUGUUCGUCUACGGCGAAUCCUCGUACGCCUUGCAGGUCAACGCCUUCCGGGUCCUCCGGGAAAUCCUGGCCCCAGCUCCUCUCUACUGGUCGGCGACACUCCUGGUAACGAUCGUGUGCAACCUCCCGUACCUGGCACACAUAUCGUUCCAAAGGACGUUCAAUCCGCUGGAUCACCACAUAAUUCAGGAGAUCAAGUACUAUAAGAAGCACAUCGAAGACGGGCACAUGUGGCACCGGGAGAAGUCGAAGGCCCGCGAGAAGACGAAGAUCGGAUUCUCGGCGAGAGUCGAUGCUAAGAUCAGGCUGCUGAAGGGCAGGCUGAAUAAGAAGUAUUCCAGCAUUAGCAACCAUUCUUCUGGGCUGCAAUUGCAGACGUAGUAUAGCAUUUGUAAUGGUGCAUGUACUUGUUCUUUUUUUUAAUUUUUUUUUUAAACUUCUUCUUGUUUGCCACUGUGAUUUUUUGGGGGAUAGUUUUGGAUCGGAGAGGUUUGAAGGAAUAUGGAUUGGAUUGAGAUUUGUAUGGUUGUUGUGUUUGGAGCCAUUUUUGAGGCUCUUGUAAAGUUAGCCACUCCUGCCUGUGUGUAAAGUAAGUAUUGCAAUUCAAUUUGUAUUACUUUUACGCUUAUCUAUUUUGCAGUCCUAUUUU